AUGAAGAAAGCUAGCAAGCGAGCGUCGUCAACGGAGUCUGAAUCCAAAGAAGCGUCAAAACCCGAGUCGCGUGAAUCCAAAGAAGCGUCAAAACCCGAGUCGCGCCCGGGUGGUGGCUCAGAUACAAAACAUGGCAAGCGCAAGUCCGUAGCGAAAACUUCGGCGGAAACUUCUUCUUCGAGACCUGGCUCUCGGUCAUCUGGAGCCCCUAGUUUGAGCUGGGAAAAGAAGAGCGAGAAGAGUUUGUUAGCAUCUCGACCAUCUUCAGCAGCGACAACAUCCGAAUCUCGAUCGCGUAGCGGUGCUAACCUAAGUUCAGAAAAGAAACGUAGCGAUGGUACUACAUCGGCGUCAUCAUUUCCGAGCAGUUUGGGAUCUAAAGAAGGAAGGAGUAAGACGAGGGAAGUUGCACCGGAUGGAAAACGUGUGAUAUGGCGUGAUAUUUACGCAGAAGUUAUACCAAAAACUUCGUGCCUCCCAUGGCGGCGGAAGAAUGCUCCCGAUGUAAAGGUGGUGCUGAAUCAAGUUUCUGGAUACGCUGACCCUGGACAGCUGACCUACAUAAUGGGGGCAAGUGGCUCUGGGAAGACAACUCUUCUCAAUAUCUUGACGCAGAGGAGAACUGACGGUCUUCGAGUUUACGGUGACAUUGCGGUCAACCAGUAA